AUGUCAGCUCGUAAAUCUACCGAGGCAAAACCAAUUCCCAAGACAAAUAUCUUAAAAUUCUUCCCUCUAGUUCAAAGAACUGAAACAAAAAAAGAAAAAAAAGCACUAAUUUAUAAUGAUCCAAAACUCGAGUCUUUCUAUAAUUUUUUUCGGCCAUUUAAUGUUAUAAAAACAAUGACUAUGGCACCUAUCAACAAAUUUCAACAUCCUCUAGAUGCUAAUUUUGAAAAGUUGGUCUUAAAUGAGUAUAAUAAUAUUAAUAAUAUAAAGUUGUCAGAACAACAACAACAAUCGAAAUUAGAAUCCAAAGAAUAUUAUAUUAAAGAAUAUUUAUCAGCUGUACGACCAAAGCUGUUAAAGAAGCGUGGAAUCAACCUUCCAAUAAACAUCAAAAAAUUAUUUUCUUUAAAAAAUACCAUUAAUUCAAAUUACAAAGAAAUGGUUAUCAAAGACCAUGACAUUGAUGCUAAUGGUGAUGACAAUAAAAAGAUGAUGGAUAUUAAAUCCGAUGAUCAAUAUUCAGUUGUUGAAGAAUUGUCAAUGGAAGAUAAAUUAAAUUUGUUAAAUGAUAAAUCUAAAGUGUGGAUAAAAUUAUUACAAUUUGGAGAAAACCAUCGUCCAUCAUAUUAUGGAACCUGGACAAAAACUAGUAAAAAAAUUACCGGUCGUCGUCCCUUUGCAAAAGAUCCUGAUCACUUUGAUUAUGAUUACGAUAGUGAAGCAGAAUGGGAACUUGAUGAUGGUGAGGAAUUAAAGAAUUUCCUUGUUCCAGAUUCUUAUCUUUCAGAAGAUGAAGGUGUCGAAGAAUCUGACGAAUCUAUUAAUUUAUCUGCUGAAUCUUCGCCUAAUAAAAAAAAUGUGGUAAGAAAAGAACGUGGACACAGAAUGAUUGAACCAAUGAAAGAAAUGGUGAUUGGACCAAUUUUUGAAGAAGUUCUUGGUGAUAAAAAUCAUCAAUUGUCUGAAUAUAGUAUUCAGUUUUUAAAUUAUAAUAAUGUUCAAAUGGUGAACGAAUCACUUGCAGAAAGCUAUGAAGAGGUGACAUUAGAAGAAGAUGAAGAGCAAAUUUUAUCAAGUUUACAAUCAUCUGAAACAAUAAUAAAUACAAAUAAUGAUGAAGUAUUAGACAUUUCAUUAGAAUUUAAUUCACAGCCCAUUGUUUUGAUUGAAAAUGAGAUUGAAGAUUUUGACAUGAACAGUCUAGUUAAUGAG